AUGGAGGCGGGAAAGAGAGGUGACUCACUUGGGCACCUCGGCAGGAACUGGGGGGUGGAGGCACCCCUGGACUUGGCUUCCAGUGUUCGGAAGGAGGCGGACAGGGAGCUGAACCCCAGCAGCUGGGGACGGGGAUUGAUCCGGCGAUUCCCGUGGAGGGCUGCGAGCGAUGCAGGGUCGGCCUCGGGGAACUGGUGGGAAGCGUCCGGAGCGGGACAGGGAGUAACAUCCCGCCCUCACUUGUUGCGGUCAGCCCCAAAGCAGCAGGGAGGAGGAAAGAGCAAAGGCGUCGAAUACUACCUCUCCCAGUUCCUUUGCCUUGCCAGCUUUGUGCUGCUCCUGGUUUUUCUGGGCAUCCUGGUGGUGAAGAUGAUUGGGUCAGGCUGGCUUGACAGGAGAGAGGAGAAUUUUAAUCUCCUGCCUAUGGAUUGUGACAAAAGAACGGAUGAUUUCUGUCAAGCUAAACAGAAGGACGUAAUAAUGAACGUGCUGCACGAGUUGUAUAACUACUUGUCCGUACAAGCUGGUAAUUUCGAAUGCGGAAACCCUGAGAAUCUAAAAAGCAAAUGCGUUUGGGUUAGUGAGGCGAAGGAUCACGUGGUGAAUAUAACGGGUAGUUCUCCACAGAAGUUUGAAGCUGCCCUGCACUGGAUACUAAACAGUAACAAGGACUUAGGAAUAUGGUUGAAAGGCAGAGACCUUUCGGAACCAGUUACCAAAGUGGAGGAAGUGUUCUGUCUCGAAUCGGCCCAUCCACCCUGCCGUUUCCGUCGGGCAGUGGUCACUGCCAUUAUGAACCUUUUCCUGUUUUUCUGGAGUCUGAUAACUCUUUGGGGGAUCCUGAUCUUCCUUAGGUAUCGCUGGCGGAAGAUGGAGGAAGAGGAGCAAGCCAUGUAUGAAAUGGUGAAGAAAAUCAUAGCUGUUGUCCAGGACCACUAUAAGGAAUGGGAACGGAACUUGGAACGUUACCCCUACGUCGGCAUUUUCCACGUUCGGGACAGCCUCAUCCCUCCUCAGAGCAGAAAAAAAAUGAAGCGGGUCUGGGAGAGAGCUGUGGACUUUCUGGCUUCAAAUGAGUCACGGAUUCAGACAGAGUCGCACAGAGUAGCAGGAGAAGAUAUGCUUGUGUGGAGAUGGACUCAGCCUUCGUACGUCUCGGAUUCAGAGCACUGAAGAGGAGCAGAAGUUGAGCAGCUGUUGAUAUGGACCUCUGCAAGGGGACAGUCCCUUCUCUGAUGGUGGGAAAGAGCAGGUCACGGUCCUAAUCUCCUAAGGUUGGGGAUUGCAUGUAUCUGUUUGCUCUUCUUUCUGAAAUCUUCACACACAAAAAUUCAGGGCAAUAAUGUUGGCUUGGAAAGAAGAUGGUCUUGAGCUGGUGGGAAGCUAGAAUUGCACCAAAGUUAGCCUUCCAGCAGGUAUCUGGCUUCCGUAGGCAAGCAAACCUGGAACAACUCUUUAAAAAGAAAAA